AUGGAUUUACCCCCACCGCCUCAUCACUAUCAACAGAGUCCAUACACAUCCAUGAGAGUAGACACGCCUUUGAGCGAGAUACCUCCAGCUAUCAAUUCCGAUCCAUCCCCCGAUGCUGCCUUGGACUCGUUCACUGCCUCCGAGCUGCGCCAACUCCUUCGACUCGCUAUGCAAAAAGACCCUUCUUUCGUGUCGGACAUCACCUCUGCCCAUGUGCAUAAAACGUCGCACACAACAAGCAAGGCGACGAAUUUCAUCCACUACAGCAACUCCGUGUGGCAUACAUUGAACGCAAAGCAGCACUUGGAUCCGAACAAAGCAAGACAGCACGCGGAGAGAGCUGUGCACAGUGUAGCGAAUGACAUCGCGGCUGUUGCUACUCAAACCUCGAGGGAGAGCUCGUUAAUCACCAAGAAAAAUGCCCUGGAAACGUUAAGGAAAAUAGGCCGAAGUAUCUGCCUUGCCACUGGUGCUGUAGGAGAUAGAGUCAAAGAGAUGUUAGGACCUGACAGGACAUUUGUUGAUGCGAUCGUCAAAGUGGCAGCGAGCUUCACAGAAGACGAUCGACGAACACUAUGGGCUGGGGGAAGUGGUACUGAGAUUGUGAAGCGAUUGGAACAGCUGGACGAAUUGAGAUCAUGCUACCGUAUCUUCAAUGGCUUUGAUAUGGCAUUGAGGUUGUUGAAGAGGGAAGAUGAACUAAACGGUAGUGUGUAUUGUUGA